GUGACGUCCUGAGCGCGCCGCGUGGGCUCGGACGGUGCGUGCGGUGGAGGGAGGUCAGCGGGGUGGUGACCACCCAGGGCUUUAGAAUCACUGGCUAGGGGUCUUAUCUCCCUGCCUGCCCACCCACGCAGACCAUCAUGGCAGCACGCCUGGUGAAGCAUUGCAUGUGCCUCUUGAGAGAAACUACCCGCCUGGUCCCUACCAUGGCUCCACUUUGCCAACUGAGACUUGCUGGGGCGACUCAUAAGACUUUGACCUCUUCAGUCACAUCACCCAGUUCCCCCUCCCCGGCUUCCUUGACAGAGCUGGUGGGAAAGGAGCAAGUGUUUACUCCCUACCCAGAGCACCAAGAGGCGGACUACCUCAUCGAGAAAGCCACCAGGCCAGAGCAGCUCCUGGAGCUACUUGGUGCUGACCACAGCCUGCACCACAACCAGGCGGCCCACAUACUCAUCCGGCUCCCUCGCCUGCUGUCUGAGAAGCCAAAGGAAAAGGCCUUGCUUUUGCAGGAUGCUCGCUUUCAGCGACUUGUCCACCUGGUCAACAGUCAGAUCACCUCAGCCUGGCAUGGAACCCUUGUGAAGCUGCUGCGAAGCCUGUACACACUGGGGCUCCCUGCCACCUCCAAGGAGCUGCAGUCGGUGGAGCAAGAAGUGCACUGGCGCCUGCGAAGGCUCAAGUACAAGCACCUGGUCUUCCUGGUCGAGUCCUGCGCCUCCUACAUGAAGGAACAGCACUCCCAGGAGCUGCUGGCUGAGUUGCUGGUGCACCUGGAGAGACGCUGGACAGAGAUUGAUGACAGCCGCACAGUGGUGACCUUGAUGGUGAAGGCAGGGCACCUCUCAGAGUCACUGAUGAACCGCCUGGAAGACAAGUGCCUGGAGCUGGUGGAACAAUUUGGCCCCGAUGAGCUGCGGAAGGUGCUAGUGACUCUGGCAGCUCAGAACCGGCGAUCUGUGCCCCUGCUGCGGGCUGUCUCCUAUCACCUAGUACAGAAGCCCUUCCCACUGACAAAAGGCAUGCUCCUGGACCUGGCCUACGCCUACGGAAAACUCAACUUUCACCAAACCCAAGUGUCCCAGCGCCUGGCUGCUGACCUGCUGUCCAUCAUGCCCAGCCUGACACCUGGUGAGGUGGCUCGCUGUGCCAAGUCCUUUGCUCUCCUAAAAUGGCUCAACCUGCCCUUGUUUGAAGCCUUUACCCAGCACCUCCUGAACAGAGCCCAGGACCUCUCCCUGACCCAUCUGUGCAACAUGCUUCUGGCUUUUGCCCGUCUGAACUUUCGCCCAGAGCAAGAGGAGCAGUUUUUCAGCUUGGUGCAUGAGAGGCUGGAAUCCACCUUGGGUAGCUUGGAGCCAGUCCUGCAGGUGGACCUGGUGUGGGCACUCUGUGUGCUACAGCAGGUUCGGGAUGUCGAGCUGCAAGCAGUUCUUGAUGCUGGUUUUCACACACAGUUUCUAGGAGGCAAAUCUCCAAAGGACCAGAGUACCUUGCAGAAGUUGGUUCACAUCAACACUACUGCCAGGCUGGAGCACCCUGAAUACAAGGGCCCUCUCCUGCCAGCCUCAGCUGUAGCCCCUAUUCCCUCGGCUCCUGACAAAAUGACCCCUCUGCAAAAGGAGCUACAGGAUGCACUGAAGGCACUGCUGGGAAGCGCUGACCGGGGCAGCCUGGAGGUGGCCACCCAGUAUGGCUGGGUACUGGAUGCAGAGGUGCUUCUGGAUGCUGAUGGCCAAUUUCUGCCCCUGAGGGACUUUGUCGCACCUCACCUUGUCCAGCCGUCUGGAAGUCAGCCACUGCCCCCGGGCGCUAAGAGGCUCGCUUUCCUGCGCUGGGAGUUCCCCAACUUCAGCAGCCGAAGCAAGGACUUACUGGGCCGCUUCGUCCUGGCCCGGCGCCACGUGCUGGCCGCAGGCUUCCUGGUGGUAGAUGUCCCAUAUUACGAGUGGCUGGAUCUCAAGUCUGAAUGGCAAAAAGGUGCCUACCUCAAAGACAAGAUGCGCAAAGCAGUGGCUGAGGAACUGGCCAAAUGACCUAUUCCGGCAGUGGAGAUUAACUGCUCAGAGGCCCAGAGUGAAGGCUGGGCAGGCCGAAGGUGCCACGCUAUGGGAGGGUAACUUCAGUGCAGUACCUUGCUGGAGUGGGUGUGGCUCGCAGCUCCAAGAGACAAGUGGCCCUCUCUUCGCUAAUAAAUAACUUUGGUCAGCA